GCCAAAUCCCAAACCCUGGAACCCAAACAUCAACAUUCCUGUCAAAUACCAAGAUACACCUCCAGCAGCAGCCAACAUGUCGCGUCGUCCGCCGAGAGGAGAAUACAUUGAGACCGACACGGGCAACAAGGUCGCUCGCAAAGCUACCCUCGUCGGUACCCAAAACAUUAUGCUCGGUGGAAAGACAGUCAUCCAGCCCGAAGUCAUGAUCCGUGGCGACCUGGUCCGAUCGAUCCAAUCCUCCAGCAGCAGCAGCAGCGGAACACCGAACAACACGGCUGUAGCAAUUGGCCGCUAUUGUUUCCUCAGCCGAGCCUCGUGUUUACGCCCGCCAGGCCGAUUCUAUAAGGGUGCUUUCACAUACAUGCCCCUACGGAUGGGUGACCACGUCUUUGUCGGGCCCUCGUCUGUUAUCCAAGCCGCGUCGAUCGGAAGCCACGUACACAUCGGAGCGAGAGUGGUGGUGGGCGAGUUUGCCAUUAUCAAAGAUUACGUACGGGUGCUGGACGAAACUGUCAUUCCGCCCAACAUGGUCAUCCCAAGCUUCUCCAUUGUGGCAGGACAGCCGGCAAGAGUGAUUGGAGAAGUGCCAGAAGGCGGCCACGAGGCGUUUGAGCUGAGAGAUUUGUACAAAACAGUUGGCAACAACCCACAGCCGCCCGCGUCCUGAAACGCCAGACCCGAAUUACCAGUUGACGAUUUACGGUUUAUUACGAUUUACGACUAGAGACAGAGAAGUGUAUUAUUGGUGCAAGACAGAAGCAAUCAGUUCGGGAUAGUGGAAAGCUUGUGAUCUGUAACACCAGGCUUCUCCAGUUACAACCAGCUCUUUGCGUUGUCCGCCAGACUCUCUUUCAGCUUGCGCCAUUCGCCAUUCCGGCUCAGUCUGCUCAGCAGCUCCUUGCCAACAGCCGUGUCGGCCACUGUAUGGUCUUCACCAUAGUUCUCAACCUGGGCCAUCUUGUCGGCGUGCCGGGAAAUAUAGCAUCUCGCCCAUCUGGUAAAAGCCGUACCUGUCCCAAAAGGCAUAGAUGAGCUGCUUGUCAACAGCAGUAGAGGAAAACCUACGAGGUUGCAUCAUACUCAGAAUGCACACGUGUGCAUUCUCCAGACCCAAUGCACCAUCCCCGCCGUCGACAGGAUGCCCUGGUUCUUUGGGUCCAGGCACGGCCAGAUCACCUUAUCCAACAACAGGGUGUUGAACGUGAAAGGCAGCUUCUCUUCUCCUCCACCCAGCGCCAAAUCCUUUGCUCGAUCAGCGUCUUCAUGGCCAUGAACCCAGCCAUACCCUUCUCGCUGGGACCGGCAUGCUUGCCCUUUGACAGCUUGACAGCCUCCAUAUUCUAGGGGUUUUGGUCCAACGUCGUUGCUCUUUGCAACCGAGGUUUCCAGGCCGCCGGUCCGCAAGCUUCGGGCAUCUGGGUCUUGACUCGUUGGUCGAGCAUACCGUCGGGCGUUGCAUAAGUGUGGGAGGUUGAGAUGCAUGUCCGAGACUUGGGCAUCAUCGGCUAUGAUUUCAGUCCUCACCCUUUCUCGUGGCACCGGGCUCCACAUACAUGCAUUCGCCUCUUCUCCGCCGCAGGCGCAAGAUGCGUUUGAGUGUCACCAGGUGGGAGAGCCUGGCUAUUUCCCUGUGUUUUGACAAAGGCAUUGUUGUCAGCGCCGAAUGGUAAGAUAACAAAUCGACUUAACAAAGAACCUGCUGAGGCAGACCCACUGUCCCCCUGAACACCUUUGCAGUUGUUCGUGGAACAUCA